CCUCAUUCUCAGUGAUAAAGACGCAGUUGAUCCCGGAGGGGGAAGGAGGUGUUGCUUACAUUUGGAGUGCGACCACAGGAAGGGAAAUGCUUGUAGUGCGCUCCUGAGUAACACAAGAGAUGGAUUAGUGUGACAGCUGUCUGGCCGCCUCUCAAUGCCGCCUUUCUGUGCUGCUCUCCUCCUCUACAGCCGCUAUCUGGGGACCACAACCCCAAACUUCUCAUGGAGGAUUAGAGGUGGCCAUGUAUGAAGAGCGGGACCACGAAGAAUAGAUCAAUGUGAACAGUGACCUCAAGGUCAUGUAGAAGCGCAGGAAUGUUAUGAAGAUGGGAGUUUUGGUUUUCAUGAGGAACCUGCUGCUGGCUCUCUGCCUCUUCCUGGUCCUGGGCUUUCUGUAUUACUCCGCCUGGAAGCUCCACCUGCUGCGCUGGGAGGAUUCACAUUCAGUGCUUCACGCCUUUGACUCCGUUGGACACAGUUUAGGCCCAGGACGGAGAGAGAGGAAAGCUGGGAUCUCGACUCUUCCCACUGUGAGCCCAACGCACAUUGUACCGGAAAGAACCGAGUCCAAAGAGUCCAAAGAUCCUGGGGUUGUUCCGGAAUCAUCACUAAUAAAAUAUGAUCGUCUCGGAUUUCUGCUUAAAUUGGAUUCUAAGCUAUCAGCAGAAAUUGCAAUCAAGUAUGCAAACUUAUCAGAGGGCAUUUGCAAGCCGGGAUAUGCGUCUGCAAUGAUGGCUGCCAUCUUCCCAAAGUUCUCCAGACCAGCACCAAUGUUUCUUGACGAUUCCUUCAGAAAAUGGGGAAAAAUCAGGGAAUAUUUGCCUCCUUUUGGAAUUAAAGGACAAGAUAAUCUAAUCAAGGCGAUCUUGUCCGCUACGAAAGAAUAUCGUCUGACGCCAGCUCUUGACAGCCUGAGCUGUCGUCGAUGCAUCAUUGUGGGGAAUGGAGGGGUGCUCGCCAACAAAUCUCUGGGAUCUAAAAUUGACGAGUUUGAGGUUGUGGUUCGGUUAAAUUCUGCACCGGUAAAAGGGUUUGAGAAGGACGUGGGGAGUAAAACAACGCUGAGAAUCACAUAUCCAGAAGGAGCCAUUCAGAAGCUUGAACAAUAUGAGAAGGACUCUCUUUUUGUCUUGGCCGGGUUCAAGUGGCAAGAUUUCAAAUGGCUGAAAUACAUUGUUUACAAGGAGAAAGUGAGCGCCUCGGAUGGGUUCUGGAAGUCAGUUGCCACUCGAGUGCCACGAGAGCCGAAUGAGAUCCGUAUCCUCAACCCAUACUUUAUCCAAGAGGCUGCAUUCAGUUUUAUCGGGCUGCCGUUCAACAACGGACUUAUGGGUAGAGGGAACAUCCCGACACUUGGAAGUGUGGCAAUCACAAUGGCAUUACAUAACUGUGAUGAGGUGGCAGUAGCAGGAUUUGGGUACGACAUGAACCUUCCCAAUGCGCCUCUUCACUACUAUGAGACUAUCAAGAUGGCAGCCAUUAAAGAGUCAUGGACCCAUAACAUUCAGAAAGAGAAGGAAUUUCUAAGGAAGCUGGUAAAAGCACGUGUACUAAAUGACCUGACUAGUGGCAUCUGACCAAGCAACCAGCUUAUCUCUGAACAAAAGCCAUUACCCGAGCUGAUCGCAGGAGCUCCAUCCGACAGACAGGGGUGCAUGUCAUCAGGGGGCUCGAUGUUCUAUGGGACAGCUCAACGACACAAUCCUGCUGCCAUAGGAAGAGGAGGCAAUGGCUGCCUAUAGAUACGUUAUUCUCUCCGAACUGUUUUUUUUUUUUUUAAGUAGACAUUACUUUAUUACAGAAAGAAGGACAUAUUUAUGUGGAAAUGAAGCUCUUGUGCCAAACGUACCUCUGGUUAAGUAUUUGAGGUGCGAAUGGUGACCCUCAUACAUUUUGAAUGUACAAAGUAUUAUUUUUAGAUAUACUUUAAGCAUGGGACUGUACUGUAAAGGCAGCAGAGAUACGGGCAGAGGACACUAAUACACAUGCAGACCAUGCACAUACUGACAUAUCUCUGGCUGCUACUCGUAGGUUCCUUCCCUUAAGAGAAGAAAACGCAACCGUCCAGAGUUGGGGCAUUGUUGGUGCUGCUAUUAUGUAGAUGGACCAAUAUUCAGUCUAUCUAUAUGUCUGUCUUUGAGUGUGUUAUUAUUGGGGGUAUGGGUGGGUAACUUGUAUAAUUUUAGGUCAUGGAUCAGUGUUAGACUUUCACCAUUGAUCAGUGUUUGCACCAAGAGCAGCGGUCGCCCUGUGUGCUUGGUUCAUUCUCAGCCCUGAUGGUUACAGGGGCAGUAAGCAUGAUCUGAGCCCAGGCCGGGCUUCUGUGCUAACAUAUAUGUAAAUGUGACUCACAAACACAUCAGCAAUACAUUUCAUAUCAUCGAAAGACUGGUCUGGGCCAGCACUAGCCUAUGUGGCAUCAUUUCACUACAGCUGGAGAAGGGUCCUGCAACAGGAUUAUCAUUAAACUCCAUUUUGUGCCGGAAA